AUGAGUGAAAACGAUCACGAGUUGGAAACGCCUGAAAGAAGAACUCACGAAGGAAAUACACCAACAGACGACGUUGAACAUCACAUUGAUCUUCAAGAAACUCCGGGAGUGGUUGAUGAUUCGACACCACAAUAUCAAGAACCUAAAGUCAGAUCAAUUAUUUAUUAUGUUUUCAUUGGAGUAUUCUUAUUGUUAGCCUUUGCUUGCACCAUUGCAGCCUUCAUUAGCACAUUCUUACAAUUUCCAGUUCCGGAUCAAACAUGGAAGAAUACAUCCUUUGAUCUUCCUAUGGAAUCACUAUUUACAUCCAUGGCAUGUGGUUUCUUAGCAUUGUUUGUCAUGGUAUUUUUAAGUUUACGUGUAUUGAGCUUUAAAGUUGGUACCUAUGAAUUCAAUGGAAACAAGUGUUAUGAAAUCAGUCAAUACAUUGCGGAUGGAGCUCGUGCCUUCCUAAUUCGUGAGUUCCAAGUCUUGACUGUCUUUGUAUUGGUGGUUGCAGGUAUCUUGUUUGCUGUCGAUCAAUCUGGAUACUUUGUAGCAACACCUGUGUGUUUCCUUGUAGGAGCUGUUACGAGUGCAGUGACCUCCAUUAUUGGAAUGUAUAUUGCAACACGUGCCAAUGUAAGAACCACCAAUGCUGCUCGUACUUCUCUCAAUCAAGCCUUGAAGGUUGCAUUUUCAGCAGGUACAGUUAUGGGCUUGUCUGUGGUGGGUUUAGGAUUGGUCAUGUUGUCUCUCUGUUACAUGAUCUUUAGAAAUUUGAGUGCUUUGGCUGGAUUUGGUUUCGGAGCUAGUAGUAUUGCAUUGUUUGCUCGUGUUGGUGGUGGUAUCUAUACCAAAGCAGCUGAUGUUGGUGCUGAUCUUGUUGGUAAGGUUGAAUCCAACAUUCCUGAAGAUGAUCCUAGAAAUCCAGCAGUCAUUGCUGAUAACGUUGGAGACAAUGUUGGUGAUGUUGCUGGUAUGGGUGCUGAUUUGUUUGAAAGUUAUGUUGGAAGUAUCAUUGCUGCUGCUACUCUUGGAUCACAAUUCUUUGGAUCGGUGGGUGUGGCUGCACCUUUCUAUUUGAGUGCCAGUGGUAUUCUUUGCUCCAUCAUUGGAAGUUCACUGGUGAGCGUGAAUAGUUCAAGUGCUUGGUGGCCAUUGAAUUAUUUAAUUGCACCUUUCACAAGACAUAGAAGUUCAACCACCAAUGAUACAACUCAUGCAACCGACAUGGAACAACAGACUCAAAUCGAUGAAGAUCAACAACACGCACCUGAUGUGAAUCCUGCAACUCAAAGUAGUCUCUUAAUGGCCAUUCGUAGAGGAAUUUUCGGUGCUGCCUUGUUAAAUAUCCUUUUAGGUGCAUUGAUUUUAUUUUUAUUAUUUGAUCCAUUAACACAAGCAUGGGCCAUCUUUUUAUGUUUCCUCAUUGGUAUUGCAAGUGGUGUGCUCAUUGGUUUAGCUACUGAAUAUUGUACUUCAUUUGCAUAUCGACCAACUAAAUCCAUUGCUGAGAGCGGUUUGACUGGUGCUGCACCUGUGAUUAUUAAGGGUCUCAGUGUUGGUAUGCUUUCAACGGUUGCACCUGUCAUCAUUAUUGUAUUGAGUAUUAUUUUUAGUGUCUUGUUGGGUGAUUUUGCCAGUGGAGGUAAAAGUGGUGGAGGAAUUUACGGUAUUGCCAUUGCAGCGGUUGGAAUGUUGAGUACGUUGGGAGUUACAUUGGCUACCGAUGCCUAUGGUCCUAUUGCUGAUAAUGCUGGAGGUAUUGCUGAGAUGAGUCAUUUACCACCCUUGGUACGUGAGAGAACAGAUGCAUUGGAUGCAUUGGGUAAUACUACAGCUGCUACUGGUAAAGGUUUUGCCAUUGGAUCUGCUAUUUUAACAGCCCUUGCAUUGUUACAAGCAUUUGCAACUGAAUCUGGUAUUACAACUGUUAGUUUAUUAGAAAAAGAAGUUAUGAGUGGUUUAAUUGUUGGUGCUUGUUUACCAUAUAUUUUCAGUGCAUUAACAAUGACUGCUGUGGGUGAUGCUGCCAUGUCUAUUAUUGUAGAAGUGAGAAGACAAUUCAAAGAAAUUGAUGGAUUACUUGAAGGAAGGCCAGGAGUUAAAGCAGAUCACACUAAAUGUGUAGAUAUUUCUACAAAGAGUUCUUUAAAGAAGAUGAUUCUACCUGGAUUGUUGAGUAUUAUUGCUCCAGUAUUGAUUGGAUUUGCUGGACGUCAGAAAAUGUUAGCUGGUCUUUUGGGUGGAAGUUUAUCAAGUGGAUUUUUAUUGGCAGUGACAAUGGCCAAUGCAGGAGGUGCAUGGGAUAAUGCCAAGAAAUACAUUGAAAGUGGUGCUUUGGUUGAUAAGGAGACUGGUGAAGUGCAAAGAAAGGGAUCCAAUGCUCACAAAUCAUGCGUGGUUGGUGACACUGUUGGAGAUCCAUUUAAGGAUACUAGUGGUCCUGCCUUGAACAUUUUGAUCAAAUUGAUGACUGUUAUUGCAUUGGUGAUAGCUCCAGUCUUGAAACAGAUUUAUGUGGAUCAAUAA